GGCUUAGUUCAUUYAUAAUUUGGCUCAUGAUGAUGUUGCUCUCUGAUGUCACAGCGGGCUCACACGCACUCGAGUCCAUCGGACCAUAUCGAUCGUUCGUAUGUUUAGCUGAAUUGGUGAUGUCACACACUAGCAGCGASGGCUUAUUCCAAGAUUUUUCGAGCAAGUUCGUGUUCUCGCCAUCGAGUUUUCAAUUCGUUGAAGAAUUUUAACUGCAACGUACACUGUCUGAGCUUUAUGKUAAGCAACUGGACGGCUAUUCAUCUUGGUUUAUGCAAAUGUGCAGUUGUUUAUAUUCCCUUCGCGUACUUUAAUAGUGGGUUCUAAAGCACUGGCCAACGUCGAACAGACCGUGUCAUAGAAGAAAUAAUUUGUUAAACAUUUUCGCGCAUCCACAACUAGAAGAAACACAAACGAAAGAGCCGAGAGGUCGUAAGUGCAUCGAAUAUUCCAUUCAAAAUGAACUUUGGUCUCUUUUUGUGAAUAAGGGACUGAGAGAUUUCGAAUUUGAUGAUCAUGAUCGUCUUCACACUUGGGUCUGACUCAGGAUUUCAAAUCGGCGCAGAUGGAAUUCUCGAUGACUACGACGAUGAAAGUGGGAUUUCAGUGGUUCUUUGGUGUAUCAUUUUUUUGUUCCUCCUUGUUGUGACUGUAUGGUUCUACAUUACUCAACUUACGCCGAGAAGCGCGAAAUGCGUAGAUGAUGAAGACGAAGAUGAAGAAGAACGAGUUGCGAAUAAAUUACUAAACCAUCUCGGAGCCGGCAAAUGUAAUCCCAAGCCCUCGUCUACUAAAAAGGGAAAUGACAUUUGUAAACCUUCAACUUCUAGUCAAAACUCGGACAAUUAUGAAGUUAUUGAUGGAGAAAUAAGAAUCCACCACUCGAGCUAUGAGUGGCAAGACGAAUCUUGCUCCAACUCCAAGGGCAACGAAAGUGGCGUCCGAGAAAUGUCUGAUUCGCUCGUCAGGAGGCCAUCAAUGGAAGAAAUGUCUUUGAUCUUUCCUGGGUUUUUGCCUAGCAUUACAGAAGAGGAGGAAGAAGAAGAAGACGAGAACCAGGAAAAGUAUAAAGAGGAAGAGUUAUUUGAUCGCAGUGUUUGUAAAAUCACAAAAUCGGAAAGUGACACAGUUGAGAGCUGUCCAAAUAAAUCUUCCAAUUCAAAUGUUUAUGAGCCUAUCGCGGAUGUACAUAGUACUAUCGAUAAUAGCGACAUGAAAAACUUAGAUCAAGAAAACAGUAAACUUAUAUACGAAAAAUUUAUUUCUGGUCGUCAAAUUACCAAUAAAAAAGGAAAACAACCGGCACAGACUUCUAGAAUCACAGCAGAGAUUCGUCUACGAACUCGCAAUGUAUCGCAAGUGUAUGCUGUUUCGAGCAAAGAUGAUAAAUCACGCCAAGAUGAGACAGUGCAAGCCUUCAAACCAGCUGGUUCAGGCCCUGAGGAAAGCGACAUCAAUGAAAAUAAAGUUAGCGUCCUUGAAUCUGGAAAAACAGCUUUUUCGAGUCAAAACAUGAAAUCAUUAAGCCUGGUUUCCGGUUCAAAGACCUGCAAGUUUGACCCCAUGGAGCAGAGCCUUGACAGUAAUACGAGUGGAUGUGGAUUUGAAACGCAUAAAAAGGCAUUGGUUGCUGGUAAGAAGGACUUAAAAACAGAUAAAAACCACAGCGAGUUCCUUGAGGAUGCUAAGAAUGAGCUAUCGAUAUCGGCCUCAAUGAAUUCCAAUUGCUAUGUCAACAGGAAUUCAAAUGAGGUUAUCGUUUGCAUUGAGACAAAUGCGAAUUUACAAAACGAACCCGACGGAGAUUUGAAUAAUCGAGAGGAUAACAAUAACAAUAACAAUAAGAAGAAAUCUUCUACAGGUAGUACAUCGAAAGAGAUUGACCUUUCAUUGUCGAAUGGCUUAAAGAACACUACCUUUAGAGACUCGAACAAUAUGUCGAACCAUUCAACACACGCUUGGACAUUUUAUUCUGUGUUGGAGAGCAGUAACGAUCUAGAUGAUAUCAAUGGCGACAACAAAGAAUCGAACUCGUUAGUUGAAAAACAAGAUCAAACCCAGAAGAUCCCUAAAAUUGUGGUGAACUCGUACGACGAAGAAAAAACCUCGUCAAAUAAAAGCAACUUAGAAAAUGACACUUGGACACAGUUUGUUGGACAAAUAGAUUCUUUUGAGACCGACAUUGAUGUUGACGAAGUGGAUUUGGAGGAUCAAAACGAAGGGAGCGAAUCCGAGGAAGGCGAACUUAAUAUGUUUCUAAAGCGACAUGUUUCAGUGACUGACUUGGACAAAGUACUACCUUCAAAUGAAAGUGCUCAAGAUGAGAAUGAUUUUGAAACGAACAAAUUCGCGAGUGACCUAGCAGAGGAAGCUAAUCUCGAAACAAUAGUACGUGCAAUAAACAUUAGUGAUGCAAACAAAACAGUUUACACAGAAAGUAGCUUGGAUGACAUAUGGGAUGAGGAUGAAUGUAAUGAAAAUAGAACUGUCGAUCAGUCGAUUGAAAUGUCAGAAAAUACCUCGAAGACACUCUCCAGUGAGAAUGGCAAACUUAGUUUCAGUGGGACAAGUGAGUUUUUUUCCAGACAGACUGUAUGGACAACUUUGGAUCAAAUUACGGAUAACUCCAAGGAGGUUAAAGAAGAUGAAAAAGACACUUUUGGCAGCGAUAUGCAGAAAAAAUGUCCCACUGAGAAAAAAGAGACAGAAAUUUUUUUUCCUGAUGCAACGGGAUUAUCAAAGAACCUAACCUCGUCAGCAAAAGUGGAAAGGGGGAUGGGAAGAAAAACUAAAAAUGACAUCUUCGAUGAUGCAAAUGAAGAGGAAAAUGAUGAUCAUUCUGAAGUGCGUAGUUUGGAAGAGAAUAUUCCAGAGUUAAUGAAAGGUGGUGAAGAGGAAAAUAUUUCAAGUGGCCCAAUAACUAUUCAUACAUUCGAGGAACGAUGCGAACAAGUAAACACAUCUUUCAGAACUUUACACGACCGAGAUGAAUCGAAGAAGUUGAAUCGUUUUGUCGAAAGAGAAGUCAUGUUGGAACGUGUCACAUCACAAGAUAAGGAUUCUAGUCAAAACAUUACUAAACAAAUCGCUGGUAAACCAGAAAGUGCUGUUGAAUUUGGUCGCGCUUUUGCAAAUAGUGAUUUCUUGGAACGUAACAAACCAGAAAGCACAAAGCAAGAUUCUUUAUCAACUGAAGUCAAAAGAAUUCCAGAGUUGCGCAAAACUGAUGUCUUGGAGAGCAUAGUUGCUAAGGAUCUUGAAAGCAAAGUAUUGGUAGUUGAUGAGAGCACUAAGAAACAACAGGAAAAUGGCAUCGUUCUGGAUGAAAGAAAAGAAAAUGGCGCAAGCUUAGAGUCAGGUUCGGGUCGUAUUGAACUCGUUCGACCUGCUUCUCCGAGAGGACGGCAUGAUGUGAUAUACGGACGAAGAAAAACGAAAAACGAUGGAAGUGGUAAACGUGCUGAGUUAAUUCUUAGAUUGAAUGAAACGUCACGCAAUCGUGAACACUCGACGUCGCCUUACACGUCAGAUUCUGAUGUGAGUGAUGUGUCACAGAAUGGCUCAGCAGGGGAUGUCGCGGACAUACUAUCAGCUGAUAAAACACGCAAAGUCGAUGUAAACGUACGAGGAGAACAUCUGUCAAAAACCAACAAACAAGACAAACUUGGAGAUGUCACGCAAUCUAGCGAUGAAGUAAAGUAUUCCACAGUCAUGCAUUCAGACAAAGGAAUAAAGACAAGUUCGACUUCUGUAGACAUCACAACAAAAGAUAUUGACAAUGUCACCGAGGAGGAUGUCACAAAUGUCACGCGAUCUUCUGCUACGAUAGAACCGGAAGUCGACCAGCCACUGGAAUCUGCACAAUUACCUUCAGGAAAAAUUAAGGCAAAGUCUGAAGUAACUGAAAAACAAGAUGAUUCUGAUAAAGGAAGUCUAGUCGAUGAAAAGGAAGACGCUAGUACGAAUUAUCGUGUCCAAAGAAGAGAUGUACAACCGAAAUUCGAGAAAUCAUUUGCUUUCAACCCAGAGAAAAAACAACUUCAAACUUUGAUCACGAUUGAUCAAGUGCCUGAUACUCAUAUUGGGCUGAAAAUCUGCAUGACCGGUAGCCUUGAUGUUAAACAAAAGCAAACCAUGACAGGAUUGGAGAAGGCGGAGCAGAUUGUAGCGAACAGGAUGAAGAGGAUUGAAGCUGAAAAGAAAGCUGCGGAAGAAAACAAAGGCAAAGAAAAGGUGAACCAAGAAGCAAGCAAAGAAACCAAAAGUCGAAAUAACGUCGUUCCGAGGAAGGCACGGUAUGACGAAACAAGAUAUCGGAGAACAGAUCAGGGAAGGAACGCAGGGCUAGGGAAGCCAGUUGAUGAAAGAAUAUCUCCUGAAGAACCUAUUCCUAGGAAGAUUCAGUGGAAUGACUUCAAGCUAGAUGAAGUUGUCCUGGAAGAAUUCGACGCCUCGGAGAAGUGUGCACGAAAUGAUGCCUCUGAUGACAUUGAUUUUUAUACCAGUAAUUACGAACAAAAAUCGAACAUCAAAAAGUUCGACUCUGCAGAACAAAUGGUCACUGAAGAUGUCACCUCGGAAACGUUUUCUCCUAGAGAAAUAGAUUGGACUUUGUUAGAUGAAUUGUGUGACAACAAGAGUGAAGUUAACAAAGAAAGUACAGGAAACAACGAAGGAAUGGCCAAAAUAUCUUCCUUUGAUAAGAAAAAGGAAGAAGAUUUUAGCAGUGACUUGGAUUCGGAUGCAAAUAAAUAUCACAGCAAAUAUAGAAAGAUUUCCUUAGAAAAAGAUGGAGGUAAAGAAAGUACAAAAGUCGUCGCUUUGGUAAAGUUAAGCACUCCAAGUUUACAGAAGGAAAUUCCUUCAGAAAAGACUUCACUAACGGAAAACAACACACCACUUGUAGUCGAAAAUAAAGAACAAUAUUACCAAAAAACACGACUUGAUUUAGACAGGAAAAAACGAAGUGAUGACUUGAAAAAGAACAUUUGUGACAAGCUAUCAAAUUUGGACCUGGAAGUGGAUGAAUCUCAAGACCAAGAGAGCAACAUGUCAACGCCCAGUAAUGAACAAGAUUUUCCAAUGCGACUUACAAAGAGUUUUAGCGAACUUAGAAGCAUGGAUAGAGAGAAGCGCGAUGCUGGGGCUUCUAGAUUGAGCGAACGUAGCUCUGAUCCUUCAACUCCUAGAGAUCCUGGAGUGUCUUCAGAGGAUGACGAAGUCUUCUCAGAUUCCCCAAGAAGAGUCUUCAAGACAAAAGUCACAGUUGAUGAGGUGCGUGGAAACAAACGAAGGAUCACGAUAUUAAACAUCAGGAAAAAGUCCCCAGGAGGUACAAGAUGGAAGUCUCUAAAUGACAUCGACACACUGUCUACAGCUCCGAAACAAAUUUUUAAGUUUACUAGCAUUAGUUCGCUGCCAGAAGAAGAGAAGGGACCACGAAUAAAUACAGAUGCAUCUCAGAAGAGUGAAAUCAAAGAGACAACAUUUGCUGUGAGCGGAUUAAUCCCAACUGACGAGCUUGAUUCUGCAAACAAGAAUGAAGAAAAGAGACCCACGCCUUCAAAAGCCCCUCAAGAAAGCUAUGGUAGCCGCAUCAGUUCAUCUGAAGAAACUUUCAUCUCAUCAGCACGUGAUAAUCCAGUAUCAAAUUUAAAUCACAAGGACGAAGACACCGAAGGACGAAGUAUUUCUCCCAAGGAGACUAUGUUUGUAGCAAGCCCACAAAGUCCAACACCCUCGUCAGAUACCGGUUACCACAGCAGAGAGGAUAAGACAGGACUACAAAGGCAAUCUUCUUUAUCCCCAGUAACGAUACAAGCAAGUCGAAGUUCUUCCACUGCUAGGAUUUUUGCACUGAGCAGACACAGUCCAACGCCUUUAUCUGACUCGGAAACUAAAACCCGMGAAAACGUUCAUGUACAAAGACAGUCAUCUUUGUCUCCGGAAACGGUCCAAAAGAGUCGGAGGUCCCAAACUGGUACUAUCUUUGCUUUGAGCCGACACAGUCCAACGCCAUUAUCGGAUUCUGAGAAGAGACAAGAAAAGAGUUUCCAGGAAGAGAAGACGCUAGUAAGAAAGGUGUCAUUAGAGAAGCAGUCGAGUACGGAAAGAAGCAGUCGUUAUGGAGUAUCUCGAAAAGGGACGUUCUUUGCCGUCAGCAGGUAUAGCCCUGCAACUUCAGACACUGAAAGUCAAGCUCCGAAAGAGCAGCCUAAAUACCAAGCAAGUGUCGGUCCAUCUACAAGAGCACCAUCGGUUCCAAUAAGGUCUUCAAGCCUGAAACUGCAAGACAGGCUUAGCAAAGAUAACUCGGAUGGAAGAAUUCAAGAUAAACAGUCAAGAAAAGCGCAACACGAACCACUAACAUCAAAAGUGCAUGAAAAAGUAAAAGUAGAGAAAAUGGAAGAAAUGGAAUCGGGACCGACAGAAAAGACAUCCAAGGAAACUACAUUCCCCGUAAGUGGGAGAGAACGCACAACUACUUCUGAGCGAGGAACGUGGAAAAAAGAGUCUUCUUCAUCGAGCAUUUUGACGAAACUGUCCUCGCCAGAUGACAGACAUGAGAAGGACAGCAUGAGGCUUUCAAGCGAUUCUGAUAGUGAUUAUAGAAUAACAAGGGAUGGAUGGCUGGAGAAAAUAGCAAAAACUCCAUCUCCAGCCAACUCUGAUGCCGAGCAGGAGGACAAAAUCCUCAAAGUUACAGAUUUGGAUUCACUUUUUGGCGGAGUCUCAUCUUUAAACAGUGUUACCACGAAAAAAUCCAAAGUGCUAGACAAAGGACAAACUACUACCGUUAAGACUCUAAUUACAACUGAAUACAGUCACAGUCAUGCUUCAAACAACACGAGUGCUGCUUUGCUGCCAUCGAGUACUGAGCUCCAAAAUAGCCCUCAUACCAGGAUAACACCAAGUGGCGUGCAAGAAACCGACCUGGAUGCAUUAUUUGCCGAUGAAGAACCGAACGAUUCCGCGACAGUGGAAACGACAGCGACAGAAGAAACUUUGGAGAGCCGAACUUCGUUGUUAAGAAACACUGUCGUUAACCGAAGCGGGAAAAUCUUAGUUUCGGAAGAAAGUUACGUGACGGGUGAAAAACGACAGCCAUUGGAAGAUGUUCCUGUUAAUGUGUGUGAGGCAGAUAGAAGCCAGGUUGCUUCAGUAAUCAAAGCCAUACCAAUGAAUGAGAGCCAUUCUUUUGGAGACAUUGACGACGAAGUCUUCAGUAGAUUUCCUGAAAAGCCUGGUGUAAAUCGAAAUGGUUAUCGAGCAGACGGGGCGUGCAGUAGUGAUGCUGACUCCGAGACCUCGUCUCUUAAUAGCGUUCCAUUGAAGCCUAAGACCAGACACACGCGUUCUUCUUUAGAAGCUGUAAAGACGUCUAUUCGUCCUCUUACGUCGUCGUUAUCUUCAGAUUCAUCUUCCGCAGCAGCGACGCCUAUUCCCUCAGAAAGAAGUGACAUCGAGUUUGAACCUUUUUAUUCUCUCCCAAGUUCGACAAGCACUCCUGAACGAAACAAAAGAAACUAUACAGAGAGAGGYUUUAGGAUGUCUAGAAAAGCCACGAAGGAACCUGGACACCACAUGCGGCAGAUCACUGCGGAAGGCAACGGCCUACAGAUUGACUCCUCGGACGGAGCAGCGCAGCGAAUCACACGCGCAUGUUCAGAAAGCCCAAUGGGUGCAACAGACUUUCGRAGAUCUGCGUUUACUCCCGUACGCAACCGUGCAGAGAAAGAAAGAUCCAAUUCACACGAGAAUAUUCAAUCGAGAAAACCAGAAAAAGAAGACGCAAUCCGCUAUAAUGACAUUGGCUCAGAUCUUAAUACCGAGCCGUCAUUUAAAGAAAUGGCUGACAGCCACAAGUCCAUGCCUGAUCUGCACAAGCCGCAAAGCGAAAGUGAUGCGCAACCGCAGAAAGUCCCGUAUCACUCACGACUCAGUGCGCAUACUCGAUUAUGGCUUAGUCAGACCGCUGGCAUUGACACUUCAGAUCUUUGUAACGACAGCUUUGGAUCUGAAAUAUUUCUUUAUCCUUCUAAUCGUUUCCAGCCUGGAAAGAGUGUCGACGCAAGUUUUCUAUCAAUCGCUUCUGAAACCGAUGAUAUUCCAGAUGAUGUCUCUACCCGUCCGUCAAGUCCAAUGUCUGAGUUCUCAUUCGCUGGCGAAGCACCAUUUGGCGGGGAUUACCAAGGUGACGUCAUAGUUGUGACGUGCGGGAAUAACUACUGCGGUAAGGAUGAGAUUGUACGCAGUCAGGAUAAAACAUCUUUUACUUCAUGUCCCUCAUGUUUUACGUAUUAUUGCUCGAGUGAAUGCCGACGAGCGCACUGGAGAGAGCACAAGAAAGUCUGCUACUUUGGUAGAAUCAACAGCUACAUGCGUUCGUUUGUAUAUUUCUGCCACAAAAAAGAGAAUCUCAAACUCUUGCUGUCGAAGAUAGCGACAAAGAACUUUAGCUCCAAGGGCCGUSGGUGUGUCAUGGUUACGUUCGCAUCUCCUAAGCAGGCAAGGAAAUUCAUGACCGGCGGCUGUGUUCUACUCCCCAGUCCACCAUCCUUUUCGACAGUGCGUCAACUCCAACAAGAAGGAGUGGUCAGCAAACACAGGGUCAACCUGAUACAACAAGUCAAGGAUUACGAUCCGUACCAGGAAUUGGUCUUGAAUUUGGCAAUCGUCGCCGGGAAAGUCGAAGACUUCCCCUUAUACCCGGUACCACGGCAUAAGCYGAGUACCGUACUACAGUGCAUCAGAAUCCCCCUGAGCGGGUCUCUCAUCCAAAGACCGAAACCUGUGAUCCCAGAAACCAACCGAGAAACCAAAGUCUUCUACUUACCCAAGUGUUCCAGACACGAAUUCGUAAAUGACAUGGAAGCAAGAAGGCACUACUGUAGGAUCAUCUCGAAAAGUCUGAAGCAGUACGGUGUCAAAAUGAAGAAGGACUAUCCAAGCGCAUACGAGAGUCUUUGCUUAUACGUCGAGAAGAACAUCCCCUUUAAGCCGCUGACAGUGUAUGGCAACAAGGAUAGCAAGAUAGUCGCGUGUAAGAUUAUGCCUGAAGGUUAUACAUCAUCCACUACGUUGAUCUAAAUCAUAUCUAUGAUCUAGUUAAAUUAGCAAUUCUAGUUUUGUAGAAGGCUUUUUCAUUCCUUUUUCUUUGGAUAAAUGUUUCCCAAUAGUUAGGACAAAAACAUAUCAUUUUAUAACAUAAAAAAACAUUUAUCGUUUUAUACCCUGAAUGGCGCUCAUACCAAAAAGAUAGAACGGUUUUUAAGAUAAGCGUUGGGAAACAGCCACCGCAAAAGAAAAAAAGAAUGUUAUCUGUUUCAAAGCUAGUUCCCAAAUAGAUAAGCGUUUUUAAUCGUGCAUAUCACGAGCAGUAUCGGCUUUGUAAAGGUCGAAGAUGCAGGCAGGUAGGAGUAGUGGAUCCAAGAUUUUCAUUUAAUAUCGUCUAUAAUUAUAUAUAACUUUAAAGAAAACAUUUAACUUAUAUCCAUACGUUCAUAAACCGCUGAAUACCCAAAUUUAAUACUGCAAACGGGUUCUAAUCAUUCAGUGAAAAUCCUAGGUUCUGCAGUAGUAGGAUUUAGAUGAUAUCAUUAAAGUGCUUAUAAGCCUUUG